GAACGCCGCCCAGCCGACGCGUCCUUUUCGGUGCUCUCUCUGCUUCACCUUCACGCACGCACGCUUCCCCAAUCCCAUCCAGCAAGCAAGCAGCAGCCCCCGUCGCCGUCCGUCACCGUCGUCGUCGCCGCGGUCCAGCCCUCCGGUCGGCGCUGUGCGUUGAUCCAGGUUGCUGACGCGUAGGCGAAAUCCGUGCGAGUUCUGCAGAUCGUCGCCGGCAGACAAUGUGGGGCGAGAGGGCUCAUCACAGGCAUGGGCACCAUCACGACCACGUUCCGUCCGGGGGUUCCAAGGACCGGCAGCCCAAGUUCAUAGCAGACAACUACAGCUCGGUAGAUGAGGUCAUUGCUGCAUUGAGAGAAGCUGGGCUUGAAUCAUCAAAUCUAAUUCUUGGCAUCGACUUCACCAAAAGCAAUGAAUGGUCAGGUAGGCAUUCCUUUGGAAGAAAAUCUCUGCAUGCCAUUAGUGGCACUCCAAAUCCAUAUGAGCAAGCCAUCUCUAUAAUUGGGCGAACACUAUCACCUUUUGAUGAUGAUAACUUGAUACCAUGCUUUGGAUUUGGUGAUGCUUCUACGCAUGAUCAUUCUGUCUUCAGCUUUUACCAAGAAAACCGUCCUUGCCGUGGUUUUGAGGAGGUUCUUGACAGAUACAGACAAAUUGUUCCACAUUUGAACCUUUCAGGACCAACUUCUUUUGCACCUCUUAUCUACGCGGCGAUGUCAGUUGUCGAAAGCAGUAACUGCCAAUACCAUGUCCUCGUCAUCAUAGCUGAUGGACAGGUGACCACUUCAACUUCAGGUGGAAGAUUAAGUCCACAAGAACAGGCAACUAUACAAGCGAUUGUUGAUGCUAGCUUCUAUCCUCUUUCAAUUGUGAUGGUGGGGGUGGGCGAUGGGCCAUGGGAUGCAAUGCAGCAUUUUGAUGACUGUAUUCCUGACAGAGCCUUCGACAAUUUCCAGUUCGUGAACUUCACUGGUAUCAUGUCAUCAAGCAAGGAUAUGUCAAAGAAGGAGGCCGCAUUUGCGCUUGCAGCGCUGAUGGAAAUACCCACCCAAUACAAAGCGACUCAAGGCCUCCGACCUCCAGAGAGGCACGCACAAAACGCCAACCCUCCGAGGAUCCUUCCCCCUCCCAGCAAAGUUCUUGAACGUGACAAUAUUGUCGCAGCUUCUCAUACUCCAGCCGCAACCUCGCAGUCAACCGACGUUGGCUACACCGUUUCGGAUGAAAAGGUAUGUCCCAUCUGCUUAACGAAUCCAAAGGACAUGGCUUUCCAAUGCGGCCAUCUGACAUGCAAGGAAUGCGGGCCAACGCUAUCGACAUGCCCCUUGUGCCGCGCGCCAAUCACUGUCCGUGUAAGGCUCUUUUCAUAAAGAUGAUGCAGACUUCUGGAAGUGAAGAAUCAGCCAUUCAUGCAAUAUGUUAUCGGCAGUAAUCAAGGAGCAAGAAGUUGGGCGGGCAAGGAGAUAUGUACAUGUUCAUAAAGCUUUACUGUAUAACAUGUCCAGCGCCAACUGUUUCGGCUGUCUGAGUCUGAUGAAUAAUUUCCAUCACCUCUUGUGCAGUUUAUUCCUGUCAUCUUGUAAAAAAAGUAGCAGCAGUAGUCGUAGUUGAAAAUCGUGUUUUCCUGUAAAACCUAAAUGAAUCAAUACUUCCUCCGUUUUUAUUUA